AUGAUUCAAAAGGGAGCUGAUGAAAACUAUAAGCUUGCGUACCAAGUGGGCAAAGCUGCCCAGUUCCCUCUGUUUGCGCCAGUGGAAGACACAGGAAAGUUCGUGAAGCCAGCGCUGAAGAGAUCUGACCAAUUCAAUGGAAAGCAAAUUCUGGCCGCGACAGACUAUUAUACCGUUGACCGCAUUACAUCUGAGUUCCAAGAAGUCACAGGAAAGAGCAUCCGAUAUGUUCAAGUUAGACCGGAGUAG